AUGUCAGACGCCAAGUACAGAAUUCACUUCGAAGAGCUCGAGAAGUUCAUGAAAGAUGUUUUAAUGGCAAAAGGUGUUGCAGAAGCUGAUGCCGCUAGAUGCGCCAAGGUUCUUAUUCAAGCUGAUAAGCAAGGUAUGGACACUCAUGGUAUCCAAAGACUCAAAACCGUUUACGUCGACAGAAUUGAUGCUGGUCAAUUGUACACCAAGACUACUUUUGAUGUUAUUAAAGAGACAGACACCACUGCUGUAGUUGAUGGACACAAUGGUAUGGGACACUCUAUUGCUAUGCAAGCAAUGCAAUUGGCUAUUGACAAAGCCAAGAAACAUGGACUUGGAAUGGUAGUCGUAAAGAAUGGCACUCACUUUGGUAUUGCUGGGUAUUAUCCACAAAUGGCCUCACAACAAGGACUCAUUGGAUUUUCCGGCUGCAAUGCUAGACCAUCCGUCUGCCCAUGCUGGUCCGUCGAACCAAAACUCGGAACCAACCCACUUGUGUUCUCAUUCCCAUCAGAUGAGCCAUUCCCAUACUGCCUUGAUUGUGCUACUUCUAUUGUCCAGAGAGGAAAGAUUGAAAUGUAUGCCAGAGAAGGAAAGAAAUGCCAACCGGGAUGGGUUUGUGACAGAUCAGGAAAAGUCUUGACUGAAGCUAAACCAAUGCUUGAAGCUUUCCAAAAGGGAACUGCUGCUUGCUAUCCACUUGGUGGAUAUGGUGAAGAGAUGGGAGGCCACAAGGGAUACGGAUAUGCUGCUUUGGUUGAAAUCUUGUCAUCAUGCUUGUCUGGUGCCAACUUCUUAUCAGGAUGCUCCGGAUUGAAGGACGGAAAGAAGGUCCCAAUUGAACUUGGACAAUACUUCAUGGCUAUCAACAUUGAAUGCUUCAGACCACUCAAGGAAUUCGAAAAGCAAGUCGGAGACAUCUGCAGAGAACUCAGAGCUGCUGCUAAAGCCCCAGGCGCUGAAAGAAUCUGGACCCCAGGAGAGAAGGAAUACUACACCAUGCUCGACAGAAAGGAGAAGGGUGUAUUCAUCCCAGACGUAACUAGAUCAGAGAUGGAAGCAAUGAGAAAGGAUUGCAAGCUUAACACUAAAUUCCCAUGGGACAAUUAA